AUGGUUGAUCCUGUGUUGCUCCAAUCUGCUUUGCAUUCCAGUAGGGGAGGGGCACCACUGGAAACGAACGUUGGUUCUAGAAAGCUAAAUGUGCAGAUGGAUAUAAAAUCUGGUUUUACUAGGAAAGAUGCACCUUCAACUGAUGAAUUGCGAGCUUAUAUUGAAUUCUUCGGGAACAAAGGUGAACCAUGGUAUAUGGCUCUAUUUGCAACAGCUCGAAAUGGUUCGAUGCUUUCGGAGCCCGAAGUCAAUGAACUCACUUCAUUUUACCAGUUUAUUACUCAAGAAAUGAUAAUAAAUUACGGCAACCGUAGCGUUACGUACGAUAAUCUUUGUGAUCCAUUCUGUGAUUUUAAUUCUCAAAUAUGGAAAAUGCUAAGAUAUCAAUCAGUGUUUCAAUUAAAAUACCCGCUGACUACAUUUGGACCGUAUAAAGCGAACAUAGGCAAAUUCUUCUUCGAGAGAACCGUCGAUGAAAAAGGAAUAGUAAUUUCUGUUAGGACUAUAGCGAUGUAUUUUACGACGUUUAUUGAUAGUGAUGUGAAAGCAAAACAAUUGCGGAUCUUCGAAGAAGGUGUCCUCAGAAGGUGUCAUCAGAAUAAUGCGGACAAUUCUAGCAAAAUCAAUUUUAUUGUGCAUGGUGCACAUACGGUAGGUCAGGAAGUUCAGCGAGGAGCAUUUCUAGCAUUACCAUACUAUAUGAUCGGUGCUAUUCUGCUGGUAAUUUUCGUAUUCGCGAGUAUGAUUAUCACAGCGUUCUCUUUUAGACAACUUAAUAUCGCUAAGUUUUCGCUGGCAAUCGCCGCAAUUUUAUCGCCUUUACUGGCGUCGUUCACAACAAUCGGUUUUAUUCUCUUAACUGGGUUCCACAUAAACAUGCUCAUACUUAUUUCGCCUUUUUUAACUCUUGCCAUAGGUAUAGGUGUCGACGAUGCAUUUUUAAUAACAAAUACUUGGUUAAUGCAAUCUGACAAUGUCGCUUCAAGAGGAAUCACCGAUGCCGAAAGAUUACAAACAGUUUUUGAGAAAGUAGGAUGUUCUAUUGUUGUCACUUCGCUGACAAAUGUGAUGGGCUUUGCACUCGGUUGUAUUGCACCUGCAUAUGAAAUUCGUAUAUUUUGUGCAUCCGUUGCACUAUCGAUGCUCUUUGAUCUCAUUUUUCAAUUCACCAUUUAUUCACCAUGUCUCAUUCUUUUGAAUAAAUUCGAUUCGAUUUAUGAAAUAUACCAAUCACCACUUUAUAAAAAACGUCCAUCAGGUUGCAUCGAUCAAAUGCAUCGACGGCUUGCGAAUCUUAUGAAAAGUUACAGUUCUUUCGUUUCUUCAUUUGCAGCGGAAAUGAUCACGGUUGCAAUUUUAAUAAUCUAUCUAUAUUUUUCUGUAAAUGGCAUUUCGCAACUGAAAGUCGAUUUGGAUGGGAAAAUGUUAAUUCCAGCCGAGUCAAUAAGUAAUGAAGGCACUCGAAUCAUAACAAAAGUUGUGUGGUCAGAUUAUUUAAAUAUCAAUUAUAUCAUUAGAAAGCCUCCAGAUUUCUCAGAACCGAAACAAUAUCAGCGUUUCAAAAAAAUGAUCGACGAAAUGGAAUCUAUUAACGGUGCGAUCGGAUCCGAUACUACGAUGAUGUGGGUUAUUGAUUAUCGGAGAUAUCUGGCAAAUCCUAGCACUUCAAUAUUUAAUACUUUUUUUGGAAUAUUCGAUUUUCCUGAUGAGAAGUCAACGUUACAAAAUGAAGAUAGUCUUGACAUGUCGCAGUUUCAUCUGUUUAUAAACUCCGAACCAUAUGAUGCCUGGAAAAAUGGUGUCCGUUACAAGCUGGACUCUCAAAAUAGAACUAUAAUAACAUCGAUGUUGGUAAUGACUGGGUACAAAGGAAUAUCAUCGUUAGCCGAUAAAGCUCGCCUUUUACCAGAGUGUCGCACAGUUGCUAGUCGUUUUCCAGACUUUGACGUAAUUCCAUUUGACACAGAUUCUCAGAUGGUAGAUGUUAUCCUUUCUGUGCCAUCUACUACUUAUAAUACAAUAUUUUACACGAUAUGCGCGAUUGGAGUUAUAUUUUUCAUAUUUUCAUUUAAUCUUGUAACUGCCAUUCUUUCGUCACUUUCUGUGACAUCUAUUUGUACAGGAGUUCUUGGUUUUAUGCAUUAUUGGAACUGUUAUCUAGAUCCGUUAACCAUGGUUGCUAUAAUAAUGUCGGCUGGCUUAGGAGUAGAUUAUACUAUUCAUAUAAUUUUUCAUUACCUAAUGGAAAAUGAAAAUUAUGAUAAAAAGCUCGAUCGGAUCAACAAUUCUUUCAAGAAAUGUGGCUUAUCUACUCUACAGGCUGGCAUAUCAACUUUGGUUCUAAUGCUACCAGUACUUUUUGCACCAGUUGGGGCCUAUGUGGUGAUCGCAAAGGCCGUUAUUCUUGUAGUCAUCUUCGGUCUUUUGCAUGGCCUUUUCAUUCUUCCGGUGUUACUUUUAACUUUGCCAAAUUGUUUAAUGUCGCCUAAAAGUGCUUCGAAAUUUUCUAUGAAAUCUUUUUCUUAG